AUGGUCUUUUUAACGGGCGAGGACCUCCGCAUCUGCUUUUCCCUCUUUUGCUGCGUCUACGGCAUUGGCACGCUCGGGAUGCCGGGCAACUAUGCGCGCGCCGGGUACCUCUGGGCCACCGUCGCGCUGCUCUUCAUGGCCAGCGUCAACGUGUACGCGACGUGGUGCAUCUCCAAGGUCAUGCUCGUCGCGCCCAAGCACGUCAAGACGUUUGGUGACAUUGGCCAUUGGUGCAUGGGCGGCUUUGGCCGCUGGGCGACCGUGCUUUCGCAAAUGGCCGUGUGCACGAUGGUACCGAUCGUCUUCUUGGUGCUCGGCGGGACGCUCCUCACGGUGCUCUUCCCCGACUCGUACUCGGCCGAGACGUGGAUCAUCGUCAUGGGCCUCACCGUCCUCCCAGUCUGCCUCGUCCCGACGAUGAAGGAGGGCGCGGGCAUGGCGGCGGCCGGCUGCCUCGGCACGAUCUUUGCCGACACGGUCGCGCUCUACCUCCUCGUCACCAACAUGAACACCAACAACAUUGCCAACGUCGCGCCGCCGUCGCCCGCGUUGAGUUUUGAUUCGAUCACGACGGUCUUCGGCAACUUGGCAUUAGCGUACGGUGCCGGCAUCGUCAUCCCGACGCUCCAGCGCGAGCACUCGGAUCCGACGCGCAUGCCGCGGAUCAUUGUUGUGACGCUCGUCCUUGUCUCGUGCUGCUUUCUCGCGGUCUCGAUCAGCGGUGUCUCGACCGUCGGGUGCCAGAUCCCCGGCAACCUCCUCUUCGCCGUCGCUGGCUCGUCCCUUGGGUUCCAAGCGUCCCGGGGCGGCGUCAUUCUGACGUUCCUCGCCAUGCAGAUGCACAUUACGAUCGCGUUCUCGGUCGUCAUGUUCCCCGCCUUCUUCAUCGCCGAACGCCUCGUGCUCGGAUUGCACAAGGAGCAGUUUGCAUUGGCCGACGCACCCAAUAGCGUCGCCGUUGUUGGCGAGAGCUACCGCAACUUGGACCCGAAAGUCGACGGCAUGCUCGAGGCCAACGACGACCACGACUGCGCCGACGCGUACAAGGCGCCAGGCGCGUACCGCAACGCGGCGCUCGUCCGCAUUGUCAUGAUCACCAUCUGCAUCGUCGUCGCGAUUGCCUUCAAGGACCACUUUGGCGACCUCUUGGACUUUGUCGGCGCGUCGUCGACGGCCAUGUGCUGCAUGAUUUUGCCCAUUACCUUCUACCUCAAGACCUUUGGCCCGACGCUGCGCCUGCCCGAGAAGGCGUUUGCCGUCGUUUGCAUCCUCGUCUCCCUCGCGCUCUCGGUUUACGUCUCGAUCAAAACCGGGAAGGCGCUCUUCUCGGGCCAUGUCGCCGACGCCAGCAUCAAGUUUCCCAGCUGCGCGCCCGAGUACCAAAAGGUCGUGUACACCAACACAUCGUACUAUGCGGCCGCGCACCGCGCCCUUCUGACGCGCUACACCUAA